CUGUACAAAACGACUAAUUGAAUAUUAAUGAAGUCGUUUAUUGGCUCAUACACGUGCCAAUCCUAAAGUGCCAAUUCUCUAGGUUGGCUGAACCCCUUGUAUAUUAUUACUGGGGACCAGGCUAAAAGUAGAAAUGUUGCGGAUCCGCGGCACUGGGAAAGGCUGAAUGGAAUCAACAUUGAGCACAAAUAAAAAUCGUCAACACUCAACCGGAGCACCCAAAACAUUGUCUUACAAAAAUACUGGCUUCUUGUAGUUCUCCCUAGACGUCCUGACCCUCAGCCUCCCCAUGCCUCCAUCUCCCCUCGACGACAGAAUUGUGGUGGCGCUGCCAAGGCCGAUCCGACCUCAGGAACUCCGACUGUGCCUGGACACCAGCUACCUGGACACCACCGUCACCAGCCACAGCAGCAAGGCAACGGUCAUCAGCACCACGGUGGUGAAGAUCCGGGCGACCAACCUCACGUAUAUGCCCUCAUCCAACGGCUCCACACGCUCCCUGUCGUGUGGAUGCAGCAGUGCCAGCUGCUGCUCGGUCACCACCUACGAGAAGGACAGCCAGCACAACCAGCGCCACCAGCAUAGCCACCAGAGCCACGUGAGCCAGGUGAGCGCCAGCAGCCCCAACCUCAGCUAUGCUGGACCCACCUCUUCCUCCAACUCCAUGGGCAUGGUCCACCAUGAGGCCUUUAGUGACCCCAGUCUCACCUCAGGCUCACCCAAGGCUCUAGGGUCCACCAUCCGGGUCAUCCACCCCAAUGAGCUGGCCAAGCGAAUGGCCAGAUGCCCCAUGGGACACCUGGUCGGGCCGGUCCCAGUCAUCAUCGAUUGCCGACCCUUCAUGGAGUACAACAAGAGCCACAUCCAGGGCGCGGUACACAUCAACUGUUCGGACAAGAUCAGCCGGCGGCGGCUGCAGCAGGGCAAGAUCACAGUGUUGGACCUCCUGUCAUGCCGCGAAUCUUCCGGCAAGGACUCCUUCAAAAGCAUCUUCUCCAAAGAGAUCGUGGUGUAUGACGAAAAUACCAUGGAUCCCCAGAGGGUGACUUCCUCGCAGCCCCUCCAUGUGGUCCUGGAUUCGCUGAGGAGGGAGGGCAAGGACCCCAUCGUUCUCAAAGGGGGCCUCAGCUCCUUUAGACAGAACCACCAGAGCCUGUGUGACCACUCCCUCCACCUCCACGAGAGCCUGGACGCCAGCAUGGGCGUCAGUGGGGCCUCCGGCCACACAGGGGUGCUACCUCACUCCAUGUCCCUGCCCUCCACGCCGGACAUCGAGAAUGCCGACCUGACGCCAAUUCUGCCCUUCCUCUACUUGGGCAAUGAGCACGACGCGCAGGACGCCCACAGGCUGCAGCGCUACAACAUCAGCUUUGUGCUUAACGUUACCACCCACCUGCCGCUCUACCAUUACGAUACGGGUCUCUUCAGCUACAAGCGGUUGCCCGCAACUGACAGCAACAAGCAGAACCUGCGCCAGUACUUUGAGGAGGCAUUUGAAUUCAUCGAGGAAGCACAGCAAGCAGGGAUGGGCCUCUUGAUCCACUGCCAGGCGGGUGUGUCUCGCUCGGCCACCAUUGUCAUCGCCUACCUGAUGAAGCACACCUGGAUGACCAUGACAGACGCCUACAAGUUCGUCAAGACUCGGCGGCCCAUCAUUUCACCCAACCUUAACUUCAUGGGCCAGCUGCUUGAGUUCGAGGAGGACUUGAACAACGGUGUCACGCCGCGCAUCCUCACGCCAAAGCUCAUUGGGGUGGAGACCAUGGUUUAAGGAGGACACCUGCCAUUCCUGCUUUAGGAGGACAUCCAACAGGCUACUCUUAAAGGCUGAUUCUGAGAGAGAUAUCUUUAUUUCAGAAUCUCCUAAUCAUGCUCUUUUGGGACUGUCACAGGAGUGCCAAAGUUCUUGAGAUGAGAUACGCCAAAAAUCCCAGCUGUUCUGAACUGGCCGGCUUCCCGGAGGAACAGCAGUGUUGGGGAGAGAAAACGGUCAGUGGGAAGCUGUCUGUGCAUGACAACGGAGGAGCAAAAACAUGGAAGGAAAGGAAAAUAGAUGAACUAUUUUGAGAGAAAAAAACACCAUGUUCUGUGGGGACUGAGCAAUUUAGUAGUUAUAGAAACUGAACUCUUCAGGCUCACACUGUGCUGUGGCUCAUGGUUAAUGUUGCAGGCAGGCUGGGAACGAGCUGGCCGAGGCGGUGCCUGUCAGAAAAGAUGAAGACUUGUUUGGUGUGUUGAUGUUCUUGUUCUAUUUUUAUACAGGAGUUUAUGGGAGUGACCAUGACAAGCCCAAAGUGGCUUACUGUGCAAUAAUUUCUGAGUGGACUGCGCCUGAGAGCUUGAUAUUAUGUGUAUAUAUGGGUAUUCAAUGACGAUUAAACAUUUCCAGCUCGCCGCUGAUUUGACAUGAAGUACCUUUUUUUAUUUUUUAUUGUUGUUGUUCUCAAUUCCGUAUUUUUUGGCACAUACAAUUGAGCUGUUACGUUUGGCACACAUUAGAUUGUCUGUGUUUUUUGUUUUCCAACUGUGUUUUUCCAUUGCCCAUCACCAUCAACCAUACCAUUUGUUUUUAGUAAUACAUUUACUGCCAUAAAGAGCUUUGUACCACAAGUUUACUGAAAGCAGAUAUAUUGCUCCUCAAACAAAAUGGUGGUAAUCCUGUUUUAAGUAUUACUUCAGUUGUAAAGUAGAUUUGAGGACUAUUCUGUGUUUCCUUUUAAAUAAUGUACCCUCACUUCUAACCUGUCCCUCUUUUAAUGUAGUGUCUAACCUCUCCAGAUAUAUUUGGGUAUAGUUGCCCUUAUAGAGUAUGAUUUACUACAUUACAAAGUAACACAGUUCUGAGAUGACCUUGAAUUGGGCCUCUGGCAUCAAACGAGACAUUGUAUGAAGGGUCAUUGUUAAAAGUCAGACCUGUCGUAGAAGGAAGGUACUGUAACCCCUUUCUAAUAUUUUGAAACCUCCCAGUCCUGCCUCUAAGCUAAGCUAACGGGGAGCUCUUGUUCUGCCACUUCGUGUAACACCAAGCUCAGUACUUGUGCCUCUAUCUAUGCCUUAACUAACACCUAUCUUUUCUCCACUGGAUCUUUUUGCGGCACUGUAUAGUACAGGCCAUCAUCACAUGCAGACAGAAGCAGCCGAGCAGGCUGGGGUCGACUACACGGCCUGCGGAUGCAAACCAAACCUUCAGCAGCAGCAGUCAACUCUGUGAUACAUUCAAAAUGAUAUUAAGGCAGUUUGCACACAGUUUCACUCCAAAGAGCCUGUCACAGAAUUUGUUUUAAAACCAAAUUUCACUAAUGGACUCUGUGCUGCUUUGGUUUUUAAGGCACUUUGGGCUAUUUAGAUAAUGUGUAUUUUAAAAUGACUAUGAUCUGGUGCUGAAUCUGAUAUUUGAAAGGAGAAUUGAGAUCCUGACCAACUUAUAGUCUAGGCCUCUUCCACACAGGCUGUGCUGAAGCAAAAAAGUAUGUUAUGAUGGCUGUGUGUGUGACUCCGCGCUGAGCUUUUGAAUCUCAUCAAAGACGAGUCACUGAAAUGUUUCCUUGCAUAAUGCAUGCUGUUUCAAACAAGGUGAUGUGCAGCCACUUAGCUGCUAAUUAUGUUGAUGCUCAGUUUUGGCCCUAACUAGCGUUAGCAUUAGGGUUAGCGCGACAACUCAAACAAUGGUAGACUAUACAACGAAAGACAAAAUAGGGUCGUAAUUCAAUAGGGCAUGCAAUGCUUAAAAAAUUUCACAACAGAAAAUGGAAAUUUGAGUUUUCAUUGGAUAAGGGGGUCCGGCCCGCAAGGGGGCCCAAAAUUGGGCGGGAUAACUCAAUAUACUUUAAAAUGCCUAAAACCAAAUCAAAACUGGAAAUUAGAAUGGACCUACAUUUAUAUAGUUUCUUGACUGUAUCCAGCUCGCUAAUAUUCACGUAAAUUAAAGCUAGACAGUAUCGAAAAUUCUAAAAAUGAUGGAUAGAUUCAAGUUUUGGAUAGAUGCAAAUUUAGAUGCACAUUUUUACGCCGUGGAAAUAAAACACAUUUUCAGUGCGGCACUCCGGAUCUCGUUAAAGACCGCCCGGGGCAAUUUUUUGGGGACACCCCUGAUUUAGUGCUUGAUGAAUACGACCCAGAAACAAAGACAAAACAUGGAGUCAUAUACAAGUGUCUGAAUAAAUUAGGAAAAUUAUACUUAAAUAUGCUUAGCACGCGCAGUCAUAAUAUUUGUGUGGCAGUGUCCUUGGGGUUUGAACUGAAGUUACUUUGCAUAUAGGUUAUAUACAUACUGUUGCUACUGCUGCACCCAAAACCUCAUGAUUAUUCAUCGGAUAGUCCACUCAAGAAAACAUUUGAGAGUUUAGGGAGACUACAAGACAAAUUAAGCAAAUUGAGGUGUUCUUUAGGAGAUUGCACAGCUAAAGAGAGUACAAAGCAUUCAUCUAUCCACAAAUUAUCUAAGUAUUGGGGUAAUAAAUUCUAUUUUUUGAAUUCUCACCUAUUCUUCCUGUCUUCAGUUGCUAUUAUCAUUUACAGUACAUUGGUGUAUAUUGGUGCUAUACAAACACUGUACGUGGAUAUGACUGGUCUUCAAAAGUUUACCAUACGUUUGUAGCUUGUACAUUUACAGUAUAUGAAAUGAUAACCAUCUGCAAAAGAAGUACACAUCUGAACCAAUUAAGUAAAAAAUAUAAACCCCCAUUUCUCUUCCACUGGUUCUAAACCUGUUCCCUAUUUGCUUUUGAUUUGUAAUUACAGUGUGGUAUUUGAUUGAUACAUGUUACUGUUGUACAUUCUUCUUCUAUGGUUGGAAAACAAAGCAUGUGUGUUGAGUGUCCCCGGUCGGUUCAUGAGAGACGCUCAUAACUCUCUACUGUCUUUCCAAUGAUGCUCUCUCACUGUGGAUGGCGAGCUUUUAUGCCUCGUUCCAAAUGGCACCCAAUAUCAGCGAUUUGGGGGAUUUUAGUUUCUUGUUAAAAAAGACUGUAAAAUGACCAGGGUGGGUUUACUUUAGGACAUGUAUUCCCACAAAUAGAAAAAUCAUAUCGCAAUGUAAUCAAUAUAUUAAAUUAUUGUUCUUUUCAAAUGCAAUCUCUUUUUGGGGUUUAGCUGUGGUCAAUUUGCAGUUUACAAAUUAUUCAAAUUAUGUUCCGGCCCCCCUCUGACGAAAAUCAGCCCGCGGCUGAAUAUAUUUACCUACCCAUGCCCUCCAUAGUGCACUUAUUUUGAUUAGACUUGUCGAAAGUAGUGCAUUAAAUAGGGAGUAGGGUGCCAUUUGGGAGGCAACUUUUGUGUCUCUCGCCAAGGCGGUUUUGAGUGACAGCUCCCUGAAAGGGAUUCCGGUGUAUGGCUUUUAUUUGGAAAGACACCUCUGCAUUAGAACCAUUUAAAACUGUCAUAUUUGAUUUGGGACUGUUUAUGGCUAGACCUGUUUGAGUUUCUGCUUUGGGCUCGGAGACUCUGGGGAGAACAGGGGGGUCACUAUACAAGUGUAUGUACUUUAACAGUGAGUGUGUGUCUAUAGUUCCGCAGUUAAAGCAUAUACUCUAUAUUCACAACUUUUCUAUGCAUACAUUUAUAUCCAUUACUAUUUUUGCACUGACCUGGAUUUUAUUUUUUCACAAAGGGUGCUAUUAUAAUGGAGGCCUUCUCCCGGACAACACCUUUUUGCAUGACCUGCUUAAUAUUACCCCCUAUGACGGAUCUAUGACUAUGAACCUCUCCUCCUCUCUAUUCUUAAACAGUUGUGGUUUAAGCACUGUAAUUUUGUAAUCCCUUCCCUACGUGUAAGGUUUAAAAUAAACCGAGGCUAAAAGUUU